AUGUUCUACACCUGCGGUCCCAACGAGGCUAUGGUGGUGUCAGGGUUCUGCCGCUCGCCCCCCCUGAUGAUACCUGGAGGCCGAGUGUUCGUCGUCCCGUGCAUCCAGCAGAUACAGAGGAUUUCCCUGAACACUCUGACUCUGAAUGUGAGGAGCGACAAAGUCUACACCCGCCACGGUGUGCCCAUCUCCGUCACCGGCAUAGCUCAGAUGAAGAUCCAGGGUCAAAACAAAUCGAUGCUGGCUGCGGCCUGCCAAAUGUUCAUGGGGAAGUCCGAGGCCGAGAUCGCCCAGAUCGCCUUGGAGACCCUGGAGGGACACCAGCGGGCCAUCAUCGCCCACCUCACCGUUGAGGAGAUUUACAAGGACCGGAAGAAGUUCUCUGAGCAGGUUUUCAAGGUGGCCUCCUCGGACCUGGUAAACAUGGGCAUCAGCGUGGUCAGCUACACGCUCAAAGACGUCCACGACGACCAGGAUUAUCUGCAUUCGCUGGGAAAGGCUCGGACAGCCCAGGUUCAGAAGGAUGCUCGCAUCGGAGAGGCCAAGAACAAAAGAGACGCUGUGAUCUCGGAGGCCCAUGCGAUGCAGGAGAAAGUCUCGGCUCAGUACAAGAAUGAGAUUGACAUGGCGAAGGCCCAGAGGGACUAUGAAUUGAAGAAGGCCACCUAUGACAUCGAGGUCAACACUAAGAAGGCGGAGUCAGAGAUGGCCUACAAGCUGCAGGUGGCAAAGACGAAGCAACUUAUCGAGGAGGAGAGGAUGCAGGUCCAGGUGGUGGAGCGGACACAGCAGAUCGUGCUGCAGGAGCAGGAGAUCACCCGCAGGGAGAAGGAGCUGGAGGCCAAGGUGAAGAAACCGGCAGAGGCUGAGCGGUACCGCCUGGUGAAACUGGCCGAGGCUCAGCGUCUUAAGUUGAUCAUGGAGGCGGAGGCCGAUGCCGAGUCCAUCAGGAUUAAAGGUGAGGCCGAGGCGUUCGCAGUGGAGGUCAAGGGUCUUGCCGAGGCAGAGCAGAUGGCGAAGAAGGCCGAGGCCUUCGAGCAGUACAAGGACGGGGCCAUGGUGGACAUGCUGCUGGAGAAACUGCCUCUGAUGGCGGAAGAGAUCAGCAAGCCUCUGUGUGCAGCCAACGAGAUCACCAUGGUGUCCAGCGGAGGCGAGGAGGUGGGCGCCGCCAGGCUGACCGGAGAGGUGCUGGACAUCAUGGUCCGCCUCCCCGCCGCCGUGGAGAGGCUGACCGGAGUCAACAUCUCCCAGGAAUCUCAUAAGCUCCUUCUUAGUGGCAGGUCGUGGAAACUGCUCAACUGCCAAGACUUUGGCAUGCACAGGAGCCACAUGCCCCUGUCCGAACACCCGACCAAGGCACCAAUAGACAUGGAGAAGCCCAGCUUGACGAUGACGGCACUGCAAUGUCAUUAUCAACCAUAUACUCUACUUCAGCCUCCAAAUAUGUACGCUUCUCCGGAGAAACUCUGUAAAAAUGCUGACGAAUAG